GAGCGCGUGCUGGACGCUCACGUCAUCACCUGCUUCCGAAAACAUUCGCCGAUUAAGUAGAAGUGAUGAAAGUCAGCAACGUGUACGGCUCUUUAAUGAAAAACAUAUACUAAACGUAUAUUUUCACACACUACCAAUGUCUUGUUACAGUCAGGUGUAAGUAAGCAGGAUAGCUGGAACCCACCAAACCCGGACGAAACUUUCGGAGCUGUUUCAUAAACUUUCAUUUAACAGUGACUAGAAAAUAGUAGCAUUAUCGGCGUUUCAUGCGGUUUAAGUAAGACCAAAGUCAUCUCAACACAGUUUAAGACUAGUCUUGAUGGAGUUUGUUCUCGUACGGUAACCUCAUCGAGGUGUCCUGGAGAGGAUAUGGACUUUUAACUACGAGUUUUAAAUCAUGGAGUCAUGUUUGAGGUUUGUGUGUCGAGAGAGUCUCAGGAAAGUGUCCGCGAACUGCUGGACACAGAGAUCUGCGAUGUGCACGAGAUCAGCCUUCAGACACCCUCUUAUUUCAACACGUGCCCGCUCACAACACAGCACACUGCAGCUGAGAGCUCACAUACAACACCUCUCCUGUCGCCAAAGAGUUACAGAUGCAUCCCAGGCAGCCCUGUCUAGUGUUGCACCUGUAUUUGUAGUGAUGAAGUUUGAGCCAGAUGGGAACGUGACCUCAUUUGAAAAGAAGAAGACUGAGUUGCAUCAGGAGCUUGGUUUGCAUGCGAGAGAUCUUCGGUUCCAGCAUAUAACAAGCAUUACUGCACGAAACAAUGCCAUUAUCAUGCGUAUGGAGUCUCUCAAGGCAGUGGUUACUCCUGACUCUUUGCUCGUGCUGGAUUUUCGUGGACUGGGUCUGGAGAAGUGGCUGGUGUUGGAACUUGGACCACAGUUGGCAGGAGAUGGAAAUUUGGCCACUUACUCUUUGCCCUUUGAAUUCAGAGCUUUGGAAGCCAUUCUGCAACACAGGGUAAAUGUACUGCAGGCUCGGCUGAAUGAAGUUCAGCCACAAAUUCUGGAUUGCCUGGAGUCAUUGGUGGACCCGAAGCUCCUCUCUGCUGACCGCAGCAAACUGCAUAUGCUUCUGAUUAAUAGCAAAAGCCUGUCAGAGCUAGAGACGGAUAUUAAGGUGUUUAAGGAAAGUCUGCUCAAGAUCCUGGAUGAGGAUGAACUGAUAGAUGAACUCUGUCUAACCAAGUGGACCGACCCACGAGUGUUUGAGGAGAGCAGUCUGGGUAUAGAUCAUGCAGAAGAGAUGGAGCUGCUACUGGAAAAUUACUACAUGCAGGCCGAGGAGCUCGGCAACAAAGCACGGGAGCUAAAGGGACUCAUUGAUGACUCUGAAAGUGUCAUCUUUAUUAAUCUGGAUAGCCAUCGGAACGUCAUGAUGAGACUGAAUCUCCAGCUCACUAUGGGAACCUUCUCCCUCUCUUUAUUUGGCCUGAUGGGUGUGGCCUUUGGCAUGAAUUUGGAGUCUUCUUUCGAAGAGGACCCACGUGUGUUUUGGUUGGUGACGGGGUUAAUGUUUUUGGGCAGUGGACUUAUCUGGAGAAGACUUCUCUCUUUCCUAGGCAGACAUUUAGAGCCCAGCUCUCCGCCUCCAAUUCCCCCUGUUUGGAGGAAAAACCAAAUUAGCACAUUAAAAGCAACAGACAUUAAACCGGGUAUAAGAUGAUAUUGCGACGGUUGCUUUUUCUAUGCGUUUUUAUUUCUGUGUCUUUUUCUCAGUUACUGCAUUUCUCAGUAUUACGUGGCACUUAACCGGGUCAUCUACUGUUAAAGGAAUAGUCUACCCUUUUGCCAUAUUAAACUAUGUUAUUACCUCAACUUAGACGAAUUAAUACAAAUCUAUCUUUUUUCAAUGCGUGCACUGUAACAGCGCGUCGUGAAUGUGUUAGCAUUUAGCCUAGCCCCAUUCAUUCCUAUGGUACCAAACAAGGAAGCCACCAAACACCUCUGUGUUUUCCCUAUUUAAAGACUGUUACAUGAGGAGUUAUACCAGUAAGUAUGGUGCCACAAAAUAAAACUUUUUUUUUGGUACCAUAGGAAUGAAUGGGUCUAGGCUAAAUGCUAACACAUUCACAACACGCUGUACAUUGCAGGUUGAGGUAAUAACAUAGUUUAAUAUGGCAAAAGGGGAGACUAUUCCUUUAACAUUUAUCUAACAUACUAGGUAAUGCAUGAUGUCAUGUAGACAGAUUGCUAUCUGAAAAUGGUCUUCGGGUAUGUUCUGUGGUAAUUUCUGUAUUUAUUGUUGUGAAUAUUAUGAUAUUAUGAAGUAUGUACCUUUUAUUGACCAUGUGUGGCAUCUUUUAAAGAGCAAAAUUGUCAUCCAUUUGUUCUUUUUCCCUGUUCAUACUAAAGAGACAGAUCGUUAUCAAUAUAUGAUUUUAAUAAAACAUUUACAUAAAAAUCUAUUAUUUUGGACUGGAAUUUAAUACUACAUUUGAUGAUUAUAGAGAAUGGAUUUUUACCUUAUCAUUGUUGUUUCAAUUCUCUCAGCCAUUUGCAUGAAACAUGCUGGAUAAAUAAAAAAAAUAUAAUCAUGAUUUGUGACCCUGUAUAUACUUGUAAAAGUAUUUGUAGCAAUAGCC